ACGACAGAGGAAGGACAUCUGUCCUGAGAGACAUUGACGAGUAACUGGAAUUACCCAAGAAGUAUUAUAAAAAGGUCUGAGGAGUGAACUACUCUUCAGAUGCAGCCUGCAUUAAGCGUGAAGGACACUUGAUACCCUAACAAGGGGCGCUAAGUCUGAAGUACAUAACUUGUAGCUUAGCCGAUUUUUUGUUUUAUUUUUGUAUUAACUGCUUUGUAUUGUAACAAAUAAAAUAAGAGAUUUUGUUGUUACGAUUGCCUCCCGUAAGACUAUACUUAUAACUGAGCCUCAAACAAGAACAAACACAAGGGAGUCUUCUACAUCAUUCCUGAAGGACUGCUACCUGUGGGCGGAACAAUGGAAAUGCAUGUGUUUUUCCUGCUUUGUAUUUCUAUGAUGGCUUGGUUUACACACACAGCUACAGCUAAAGACAAAAAUCUCGCUUUAUAUGGCAAGGCCACACAAUCAGACCUGGUCGGGAAUCCUUGGUCAGCAGAUGGCCAUGCCAGCAAUGCUAUUGAUGGAAAUCGUGACCCAUAUUAUGAUCAUGGAUCCUGUACUGCUACUGAAUGGCAAGAUGACCCAUGGUGGAGGUUAGAUUUGCUGAACGAGUACGUAGUGACCUCCAUAACUAUCACCAACCGAAAAGAAGUUCCUGAAAGACUUAAUGGAGCCGAGAUACACAUUGGAAACUCUCUGCUGAGCAAUGGCAACAGCAACCCAUUGGCUGGAAAGAUUUCAUCCAUUCCAGGUGGGAGAUCCCUCACUUUUGAUUUGAAGAAAGGCAUUUCAGGCCGUUACAUCAAUGUGGUCAUACCUGGGUAUAAUCGCCUUCUUACUCUCUGUGAGGUCGAGGUUUACGGUUAUCCAGCUCCUGAUGGUGAAAAUGUGGCUUUACAAGGGAAAGCUACACAGAUUUCCCUCUAUGUUUAUGGCUUUGCAUCCAAUGCCAUUGAUGGGAACAAAGAUGGUGUUUACAAACAUGGAUCAUGUACCCACACCGAAAUAGCUCUCAAUGCCUGGUGGAGACUGGACCUGCUGAAAAGGCACAAAGUGUUUUCAGUAGUAAUUACAAACACACUAGAUAAUCUUCCUGAAAGAUUAAAUGGGGCAGAAAUCAGGAUUGGAAACAGUCUGGAGAACGACGGCAAUAACAAUCCCAGGUGUGCUGUGAUCUCUUCCAUUCCUCCUGGUGUUUCCACCAAGUUUGAAUGUGAUGGGAUGGAAGGACGUUACAUUAAUGUUGUUAUUCCAGGACGGGAAGAAUAUCUUACACUGUGUGAGGUUGAAGUGUACGGAUCACCACUGGAUUGAGAAGCACUUAAAAAACAAUUGAUUUUUUUAAUUUGCUGAAAAUGUACUCAUCCUCAGGCCUUCCCUUGUGAAAAAAGUGUACUUAAAUACAAAUUGUACUUAUUGUGCAAAUAAGAUACUUUAAAAGAACACACAUAAGUGCAAAUUCUAUGUGUAAUUAAUUACAAAUGUAUCAUAUUUUUAAGGUUAUAUUAAAUGCAAUUAGUUGAACUACUGA